UCCCAUUGGCGGCUGCUCCGCUCGUCGCCGUCCCGUGGCCUGGGCGGGGAGGGCUGCAGGCGGGGCCGGCGGCGGCUGCAGGCGGGGCCGGCGGGAGUGUUCUGUCUUGGGGCGUCGUGUGCUCGCUCGGCAUCCCCGCUUCACCCUCCGUGUGUGUAACGGAAAGUUUGAAGUCAUGUCCACAAAACCAAAACUUUACUACUUUAAUGGAAGAGGCAAGAUGGAAUCAGUUCGUUGGUUGUUGGCUGCAGCUGGGGUCGAGUUUGAAGAAGAGUUUUUGGAAACCCGAGAGCAGUAUGAGAAACUCCUGCAAGGUGGAUCCCUGCUGUUUCAGCAGGUGCCCAUGGUGGAGAUUGAUGGGAUGAGGAUGGUGCAGACCAGAGCCAUCCUCAGCUACAUUGCAGGAAAGUACAACCUCUAUGGGAAGGACCUGAAGGAGAGAGCCUUGAUUGAUAUGUAUGUUGGAGGAACUGAAGACCUUAUGGGCUUCAUUUUGAUGUUCCCUUUCUUAUCAGCAGAGGAUAAAGAGAAACAACGUGCCUUAAUAGUUCAAAAGGCGACAAGCAGGUAUUUCCCGGUGUAUGAAAAGGUUUUGAAAGACCAUGGGCAGGACUUCCUUGUUGGCAACAAUUUUAGCUGGGCAGAUGUUCAUCUUCUUGAAGCCAUUUUAAUGGUAGAAGAGAAGAAGUCAGAUGUGCUCUCAGGCUUUCCUCAGUUACAGGCAUUUAAAGCAAGGAUAAGCAACAUCCCUGCCAUCAAGAAAUUUCUUGAGCCGGGAAGCCAGAGGAAACCUGUUCCUGAUGAUAAAUAUGUAGAGACUGUCAGGAGAGUUCUCCGCAUGUAUUAUGAUGUAAAAGCAAAUUAAGUUUGCCUGGCUGCAGGCUGUAAGAGAACUGCCAGAUUGCACAGGUCCAAUUACACUGUGAAGGAAGGCGAAGGGGUGAUCCAGAGGUGUUUCAAUGGGCAAUCACACAAAAUACAGUAGGCAGGUAUCUUUUAUAACACUUAAUACUAGCCUGUUUUCUUCUUCAUUCAUCUCAAGAUUUUUUCUGGUAAUUUUAAGCAAUUGACAUGGCAGCAAUCAUGAGUUGCUAGAGACUGUGGAACAGCAGAAAAGGGAAAUGUGAGUUUCUGACUGAUAGCUACAGUAUGUCUUGCUGUUUCUGAGGACAUUUUUCUAGAUCCAGAUCAGAUUUUUAUAUGAUGAUUGCUUUCAAUGUAGGCCUUUAUUCUUCUUUAGUAUCACUGUUGGCAUAUGAAACAAGGUUUUUUAAAGAAAGUAGGAGUGAGGUCGUUCUCCUGCCAGUUCUACUGGACAUCAGUGACUUGUCUAAAUGUCAACACUGUGCCUUUAUAACUAAAUUGCACUUUUAUUACUAAAUCAGGAAAUAAAUGGACUGCCAAAUAAUGUUUUUGUUUAACUGCUCUAUCUGGAGGACAAAUCAAAUAAACUUUUUAGAUAGUCA